GCUUAAGAAGUUCAAGAUGGAUGACUCAAAUCCUGUUUGCACGCCAAUGGAAUGUGGAGUCAAAUUAUCAAAGGAAGAAGAAGGAGAGAGUGUGGAUCCAACAAUCUUUAAGAGUUUGGUUGGAAGCUUACGAUAUCUAACGUGCACAAGGCCUGACAUCCUACACGCAGUUGGAGUUGUGAGUCGAUACAUGGAGCAUCCAACAACAACUCAUUUCAAGGCAGCCAAGAGGAUCCUACGCUAUAUCAAAGCGAUAGCGAUUGGGGUGGAGAUGUAGAUGACCUGAAAAG